AUGGCAAUGUUGUACUUUGGUUUAUACUUGCUCUUUUCAUCACUAGCAUUUGCAAGAGUUUCCACCACAUCCAAUGAAGAAUGCUUUGAUGGUUCCACUUCCUUAGUCUUAACCUUUGAUCUCUAUCAAAACAGCUGCCCUGAGGCAGAACCCAUUGUCUUCUCAUGGGUUGCAAAGUCGGUUUCGGAUGACCCCAGAAUGGCUGCUUCUUUGCUUCGCCUCCAUUUCCAUGACUGCUUUGGAUGUGAUGCUUCAGUGUUGUUAGACGAUACACCGACUUUUACAGGAGAAAAAACUGCAGCUCCAAACCUCAAUUCUCUCAGAGGAUUUGAAGUCAUAGAUGCCAUCAAAAAUGAUCUUGAAUAUUUCUGCCCUGAAACUGUCUCUUGUGCUGAUAUUCUAGCUAUUGCAGCAAGAGAUUCAGUCGUUCUGUCAGGAGGGAAAGGUUGGGAAGUUCAGAUGGGAAGAAAGGACAGCUUAAGUGCUAACAAAACCGCAGCAAACAACAACAUCCCAGCUCCGAAUUCUGAUGUUCCGACACUCGUUUCCAAGUUCCAGAACGUCGGCCUUUCGCUUGAAGACAUGGUCACUCUCUCAGGUGCUCAUACUCUAGGGAAAGCAAGGUGUGCUACUUUCAGUUCUCGCCUAAACGGGAACAGCAAUGCGAAUGAAGCACCGGAUAUCAACCUAGAAUUCAUUCAGUCACUCCAGCAACUAUGUUCAGGGGAUGCAAAUGCUACACUGGCAAAUCUUGAUGUCAAGACACCUUCCGCGUUUGAUAAUCAGUACUACAUGAACCUACUUUCCGGGGAGGGUUUAUUGACAUCGGAUCAAGUUCUUGUCAGUGGCGAUGGCCGAACAAGAGAGUUAGUUGAAACCUACGUGGAUGACCAGGCGGUCUUCCUGGAAGAUUUCAAGAAUGCAAUGCUGAGAAUGGGAAGCAUAUUACCUGCGGCUGGAGAAAGCGGCGAAAUUCGCAGAAACUGUAGGGCUGCUAAUCAAAUUAAUUGA